GUGCAGGUCUAUUACCUGUAUUACAGUAGCGCCCUGCCGUGUAGCUCUAUUACCUGUAUUACAGUAGCGUCCUGCAGUGCAGCUCUAUUACCUGUAUUACAGUAAUCACCUGGAUGACGUAGCGCCGGAGUGUCAGAGCGGCUGCAGCCGGGAGAUCACGGGGCAGAGGCUGCUCACAGUGCUCAGCGCGUCCCCUUUAAGGCACCGGCCCGGAAGCCCCUAAAAUAGCCCAGCGGUCCCGGUCUCUCCCGUACCCCCGGCGCUGUCACCGUGCAGUACCGGCCGCAGCGUAUAUACACUACACGGUGUUGGGGACAUGGAGGAUCCCGCACGGGCACCGUGUCCUGCAGCUUCUUCCUAGUGGCCGGAGAGUGAUCGCGCUGCCCGGAGCAGGCUCUGGGGUGACCGGCAUCAGGGGAUCCCACGUGUAGUGACGCCCGCCGGCUGGGGGCAGUGCUCGGUCCCCGGGGCCGGGGAUGGACAGCUGGGCUCCCAGGGACAUGCAGCCCGCCCGCUUCCCCGCCGCCGCCGCGCACUUGUUGAUCGCCCAGAGCAACUUUCCUGCCGGGGAAGCGCCUGUGUGUGGCGUGUAGGGGAUCCCGGCUCAUCGCCCCGCCGGCCACACGGACUCCUCGCCGCCACCUCUGGGGGGACUUUAUGGGGGAUAUAACCCGCUCCGGAGAUGCUACGGAAGGAGUUACCCCUGCCAGAGGGCUGGGAGGAGGCCAGGGACGUGGAUGGCAAAAUCUAUUACAUUGAUCACAGCAACAGGACCACCAGCUGGAUAGACCCGAGAGACAGAUACACUAAGCCAUUAACGUUUGCUGACUGUAUUGGUGAUGAGUUGCCACUGGGCUGGGAAGAGGCUUAUGAUGCUCAAGUUGGUGUUUUCUACAUUGACCAUAAUAGUCAAACCACACAGAUAGAGGAUCCACGGGUGCAAUGGAGGAGGGAACAGGAGCGUAUGCUAAAGGACUAUCUGGUGCUCGCUCAGGAAGCUUUGGUGGCUCAGAAAGAGAUUUACCAAGUCAAACAACAGAGGCUUGAAUUAGCCCAACAGGAAUAUAGGCAGCUAUAUGAUGUUUGGAAGCAUAAACUUGGAUCUCAGACUAGUUUGGUCUCUGGUUCUUCGUCUAGCUCCAAAUAUGAUCCUGAUAUUCUGAAGGCUGAAAUUGCUACCACUAAGUCCAGGGUUAAUAGGUUAAAGAGAGAGGUGGUCUAUAUGAAGCAAGAGCUACAACACAAGGAAAAUGGUUACCAAACCCUUCGCCAGAUUGAUCUGAAAAUGUCUGGAAACCAUAGUGGCUUUAAACUUGAUGAAGCUCAAGCUAUUCUAAAUGAAAUGAAAGCGAUCAAAAAAGCGAUCAGUUCUGGAGAAAAAGAAAAGCAGGACCUAAUCCAGAGCCUUGCCAAGUUGAAAAAUGGCUUCCUGAUUGACAAAGGUUCUCAGUCUGACCUGUGGGCCAGCGAGACAUCCUUGAAUAGUUCCAGUCCUUCCCUGCCCAGGCAGUAUCUCAAUGUUAGUUCACAGACGGAUGUUUCAGGGAAUCUCGCUGUGAUCGGUAAUAACCAGUUGGCUGAGAAAGUCAGAUUACGACUUCGAUAUGAAGAGGCAAAGAGAAGGAUAUCCAACAUAAAGAUCCAGUUGUCAAAGCUGGACAGUGAAGCCUGGCCGGGUGUCCUUGAUUCAGAGCGGGACCGACUUAUCUUGAUAAAUGAGAAAGAAGAGCUCUUAAAGGAAAUGAGAUUUGUUAGCCCAAGAAAGUGGAGCCAGACAGAUGUGGAACGGCUAGAGACAGAGAAGAAGCGAUUAGAAGAAGACUUACAGGCUGCAAGAGACACACAAAGCAAAGCAUUAACUGAGAGGUUGAAGAUGAGCAGUAAAAGAAACCAGUUAAUCAGAGAAUUGGAGGAGACAACCAGGUUAAUUGCAACUCUGCACACACAAUUGAAAAGUCUUUCAGCUAGCACUCAGUCACUUUCAUCGGGGAGCAGCCCUGGAUCAUUAGCUUCCAGUAGAGGAUCUCUAGUCACAUCCAGUCAGGACUCUUCUACAUCUGCAAGUUUUACAGAUCUAUACUAUGAACAACUGGAACAAUUAGACACUGAAUACCAGAGCAAAGUAGAAUUCAUGCUACAGGAAGGGACAUCUGGUUAUAGACCUUCUGGUUGUAUCACCACCAUUCAUGAAAAUGAAGUAGUUAAAUCUCAGAAGAUGGAUUCAACAAACCGUGUCCAGGCCUUGAGGUCCUUGUCUGGUACACCCAAGUCUAUGACAUCAUUGUCUCCCAGGUCUUCACUUUCUUCUCCAUCUCCGCCUUGUUCGCCCCUUGUAACUGACCCUUUUUUAACUGGAGAUGCUUUCUUGAGCCAUAUGGACUUUGAAGCUAUUGAUCUAAGCAGCCAUUUCUCCGAACUUGGCCUUUCUACUGGAGCAGACAGCUAUCAACUUGAAGCAGAAGGCAAAGCUGCUGGACAAGGUUUAAAUAACCUUCCCGUGUCUGGUUUACAAGUUUCUGGUGUGUCGGCAGCUGUGUCUGAUGAAUCUGUUGCUGGAGACAGUGGAGUGUAUGAGGCUACAACACAAAGGCAGUUACUGGAAAAUGCAGAAUGUGAAGGGGAGGAUCCAGAGACUGUGGGAACUGCCAAAAUCAAAAUCGGGAUGAAGUACGAUGACAAGAACAGGCAGUUUGCUAUAUUUAUUGUGCAGCUCAAUAACUCAUCUGCUUUGUUACAACAGAACCAGAAAGUAUACGUCCGGGUUGCUGUUCUUCCAUGCUCGGAAAGCACAAGUUGUUUGUUUCGGACAAGACCUGUGGAUGUAGCAGACAGCCUGGUGUACAGUGAAGUGUUCUUGGUGCCAGUAUCCCAUGCAACUUUACGGCAAAAAACCUUGAGAGUGGAUGUGUGCAUGCUCCAAAGCAAACACAGAGAAGAAUGCCUGGGAGGUGCCCAAAUCAGCCUGGCUGACGUCUGUAGGUCCGGAGAAAAAGAAGUACAUUGGUACAACCUCUUGAGUUACCGAUGCCUGAAGACACAAAAGCAAAAUAAUAAGCAGAGCAUCGGUUGUCCGGAGGAACACGCUGCAGGAGAUUCAAACUCAGUGUCUGCACUUCUAGUACAAACUGCUGCUGAACUUGAGGCUGUUGAAAAAGAAUUUGAAGACACUGGACAGGAAGAGGAUAAAAAUGUCAUAUGGCACGGAGAGCAGGAUGCUAUGCAGGAUGAAGACGCCGGUACGGAAAAUGAAGACGAUGAAUGUGAUGAAAAUGUGCACAGUGAAACGGAAGAAUCAGACUUGCAGUCAGCCCCAGUUAAGAUUGAUAAAGAAACAAAUACAGAAGGCAUUCCUCAACCUUCCACUGUUGUUCGUCCAAAAGAUAAGAGAGCAGCUAAUCAAAUGCAAUCACAGUUCAUGAGAGGCAGCACUAUAAUCCGUUCCAAGACCUUCUCUCCCGGGCCACAGAGUCAAUAUAUUUGCCAUCUGAACCGCAGUGACAGUGACAGCUCAACGCUCUCUAAAAAGCCACCGUUUAUAAGAAACUCCAUGGAGAGGCGCAGUAUGCGUGUGAAACGGCCAUCCGUGAAGUCCUCUGGCAGAGACCGUGUAAUUCGCACAUCUCUGGACCUGGAAUUAGAUCUGCAGGCUUCAAGGACGUGGCAUAAUCAGCUAACUCAAGAGAUUGCUGUACUAAGAGAGCUGAAAGAACAGCUAGAGCAAGCCAAACGUCAAGGUGAAAAUGAGCUGCCUCAGCGGGUGAAGGAUGAUGACAGGUUUAAGCUCCUGCUCAGACAAGUGGAGAAACAGGUGCAAAGAAUAGAGCAUAAGUAUGAGAUGCAAGCUGAUAAGAUGAUGAGAGCAGCAGCAAAGGAUGUACACCGGCUACGUGGGCAGAGCUGCAAGGAGCCAUUGGAAGUUCAGUCUUUCAGAGAGAAAAUGGCAUUUUUUACCCGGCCAAGAAUGAACAUCCCUGCUCUUGCUGCAGAUGAUGUCUGAUAUUUACCACAAAAGUAUUCCGAGUCUCUGUUCUGAGCGCCACUGCACACGAAAACGCAGUCUGGUGUGGUUGGAGUUGAAUGUUGUGGUGUUAUGAAGGUACAGAAUGUAUUGUUUCUUGCGGUUAUCUGUUAAAUACUUCAGCAUCAAGAGGAGAAACAGCCUUCCAACAUUGAUGCGGAUACCGUGUAUGGACGAUAUAAUUUUUUAUUUUAUUUUAUCAUUGCUACAAAACCAGCAUUAAUGUUUCAAGUUUGUAUAGCGUGUAUAAUAAGAAAUGUAUUUUGGGGGAAAAACACAUUUUAAGAUCAGUUUUCCAGUCGAGGAAACAUGAAUUUUGUACAGAUUCACACUAGAGAGGUUUUACGGCAAUAAAAUUUAAAUUAAUUAAACCUCAUUUCUAUUAAAAAGAAAAUAUUUUAAAAAUGCCUUAGUAAGUAGAUUGUCUUAUACUGGAAUCACAUGUUCCCAUUACGUGUUAAGGAGAUGCAUUGUAGAUCACAAAGUGCUGUAUAGGUGUCUCUGACUAGCUAGCAGAUGUGCUUGUACAUUGUGGUACUGAUGGAGAGACAAAAAGUUGAAAAUCAAUUGUACUGUGUAUCUUAAAUUGGUUUUAUCACAAACUAACAAAAUAUACACUGAAGGUUCAUAUACAAGGUCAAAAUCAUGUUUUGUAAUAAAAAUCCUUCUUUAUGA